UCUUUCCUUCUUUAAUUUGAAUUUCUUUACUUCGUAAUUUUCUUAUCUGGCGCAGUCCUUAUAUAUGCAUUAAUUUCACUAGUACAACAUUAAUGAAGAGGAGGAGGAGGGGGAACAAUCAUAUGCAUUUCAUAGCUAGAACCUUAACUUUCCUUCCUCCUCUCUUUUCUUAUUUAAUCAUUCUUUUCACUAAUAAGGAGAAGGAGCAGAUAAACAUGAAAGUAGGAAGAAUAAUGGCGUUCGGUAAUAAGGAGAGUCUGCUUCCUCCCCUCUUUCUUCACAUUUCAUUCCUCCUUUCCUUAUUUGAUAAUUUCCUUUGCUAACACAGAAGGAAAAGGAGGAGAAGGAGUUAAACAUGAAAAAAGAAGAAAAAAGAGGCGUGUGUUUUGUCCUUUCUUUCUUUACUUCAUUCUUUCCUCCCCUGCCUGGCGCCUCUCUCUCUCUCUCUUAUAGGUGCGGGCGGUGCUGCCUGUGGAGGAGGGCGCAGCUGUGUACCACUGUGAGGCGCAGCUGGACGGCAGAACCAUUGUGACUCACUGCUUGGAGAAGAACAAGGCAGAGAAGGUGUACAAGGAGGCUUUGAAAGAGGGGAAGACUGCCCUCAUGACACGAGAAGACCCUGACUCAAGCGACAUUCUCACGCUUAACCUCGGCAACUUUCCUGCGGGAACGAGGGCCAAGGUCACCCUUCGUCUGGUGAUGGAGUUGAGGGCUGAGACAGACGGCAUCAUCAGCUUUGUUUUGCCCACAGUACUCAACCCGCGCUACACCCCUGCUGACCACCCUCGCAGGCAAGAUUGGGACUGGAGGUGGGAGGAUCGAGGGGUGUAUGUGACACAGCCUUACUCCAUGGAGGUGAAGGCACAAGUAUGUGGUAACCACCAGAUAUCUCGGAUCGUCUCCCACACUGACCCACUCAACGUGACCCUGACUGAUGAUGCCAUGUCUGCCCAGGUGAGCCAGGACGGAGGGUUCAGCUGCGACCACGACUGGAGCAUGCUGGUGUACUACAGGAGUGCCUAACGGCCCCACCUGUUGCGGGAGACCGGUGAACGCUCUGCCACUGGUAUCAUGAAGGAUGACCUGCUCAUGCUGAACCUCUUCCCAGAGGUGCCCACCAACACCUACUCCAGCAGGAAUGAGAUUAUCUUUGUCAUCGACCGCUCAGGAAGCAUGCAUGGGGAAAAGAUAGAGAGUGCCCGGGCAACACUUCUUCUGUUCCUGAAGAGUCUGCCUCUGGGUUGCCUCUUCAACAUUGUCAGCUUCGGCUCAUCCUUCUCAGUGCUCUUCAAGAAGGGGAGUCGUGUGUACUCAGAGGCAACGCUGCGUGAGGCAUGCCAGCUGCAGGCCGCGAUGAAAGCCGACAUGGGGGGCACAGAAAUCCUGGCGCCACUCAAGGACAUCUAUGACAAGCCACCCAUACCUGGCUACUCAUGACAGAUUUAAGGUACAUGUCGCAUUCUUACUCACAGCAGCAGCGUGAUUUGUCCGAGAGGGAAAAACAAAGAAAAGAAAAUGUGAAAAAUGUUAAAAAUAUAUCUUUCAAGAGAAAGAAAAAUUAAAAACGUGAAAAUGUGAAUAAAAGUAAAAAAUAAAGAAGAAAAAUAAGAUAUUGUAAUACAAUUAUGUAUGUGUGUGAAAACCGUAACGUAAAAAAUAAAACAGAAAAAAGGAAAUAAAAAAAAAAAAUAGUAAAAUGAUGUAUAUCAAUGGGAAAAACGGAACUUGAAAAGGACAAAAAAAAAAAAAAAGGAAAAAAAAAUUCAAAAUUAUUGAAGCAUGUGUGAAAAAAAAGUUAAUUUGAUGAAGAGGAUAAAUUAGCUUUUUUUCCUGCAUAAACUUGAGCCUUGCUUUUCAUGCGGCAAGAAAAACAAAGUAAAACAAUGGACGUGUUUGUAAAAAAAAAAUGCAAAGAAAAAGAAAAAAAAAUGUAACAAUUAUGGAUGGAUUCAUCCAAGAGAAUGAAAUUACACGAAGGAAAACGAAAAUACGAAGAAAUGUCAAAAAGAUAUGUGAAGAAAAUCAUUAAAUAAAA